UCAGAGGGGGAAACACGGGAUAUACAAACCUUUUGACUGUUUGUCUGGGAGUAGUUUCAAAACAAGCCGUGACAUGGAGGUCAGCGCAGAGGCCAAGAGGAUCAUGGUCGUGGCUUUGGGGAAACUGUACAGCUCCCGCACCCAGCGAGGGGGUCUCCGUCUUCACCGGAGUCUCCUGCUCACUCUGGUCAUGAAAUCUGCCCGGGACAUCUAUCAUGCGGCCCAGGCGACAGCUCAAAGUGCCGCCCCGACAUGUGAACCACAACACCCGGCUGUUAAUGUGAUAACCACAAGGCCAGCUGCCGCUCAGGGGCUCCAGAGUCCCGCUUCUCACCCAGCUGAAGAGUCACGGACCGCCGGUUCAUCCACGGAGCUGCGCUGCGCGCCGCACGCGCACGACCACGCGGAAAACAAGGAGAAUGUGUGCCCGUCCGGCCCCGCACAGCACUCCAGGAAAAGACGGGGCAAAGCGGCUGCUGAACCGGACUUUCUGCCCUGCAAGAAAGCAAAACUCGAGCAGGUGAACUGUCAUCAGCAGCUCAUUGUCAGCUCCGUUUUGAGUGACUAUGUGAAGUGCAGUAGUGAACUGCGAACAGCCCCAACCCUCAUUCCCGUGCAGACAGCCAUCGCAGCGUGUUGAAGACCUGCUGAAAUUAAAGGCAGUGAACUUUUUAAGGCCUGGAUGUCUGGACGUGUCCAUUUUGCAGGCUAUACCUGCUCCAGGGACUGGCUUUGGAUGGAUGACCCAAGAGUCCCAGUCAUGGCUGAGCAAGGAAGCCCCGGAGCAUGCCCACCGUGGAGGUCUCAGUGACUUGUGAUCUAAUUUAUGACCUCACCUGUUCAGUUCAGAGGCGGGACUAUCAUUACGCCUUAAACUAGACUGUAUGAAUUGACUCUAUGUACAUUUUACACAAGUGUGUUUGGGGACCAUGCUGUCAAAACAGCAAAUGUACAUUUUUACUGAAGUUUUCUUUUUUUUUUUUUUUUUUUGCGGGGGAGGGGGGGUGUAAAACCUUGAAUGACUUUAUCUACCUCAGUAUUUAUUAAACCUUUGGUAUCUAAUAUGAAUCUGAAGUCGUGUGUUGUUUAUAAUCUGUCAUAUCGUAUCGUACAGAUAGCACAGUGAGAGACCAAGGUGUUGUGUGUAAUGGGUGGCAGGGUGGAGCGCUGUGAGGUGCAAGAAAACCGUGUGAAAGUUGGAUGUGGGUGUGUGUUUGUCAGUCUGACAGGAAACUGGCUUGGGUGUUUUCCUCCCCCAUGCCUCUUCCACCUCCAGGCUGAUUUGCAGAACAAAAGCUGGGACAAUUCCAAGGAUGGGGGGCUCUAAAGAAUGAGGAGGGGGAGGCUGUCAAGCCUUUUGACUGACCAAACAAGGAGAACAAUCGGGGUCCUGUUGCCAUCCAAGAACUA